GAGCUCUAAUGCUGGCCUAACGACGAUCGUUGGUGACGUCAGGCCGUAGCACCUGAAGCCUCCGCUUCGCUUUUGGAGAUACUUUUAGGUCUGUUGUAAAGCUUGUGUGUAGCUGGACUUCUCGUGUGGUGGGUGUAGUGCGGUGUUUCUGGGUUCGUCGUUGGAUCAUCAGUCAUAUCUUAGACUAGUUACGCGGUAUGCGUCGUCGGCGUAAUCUCAGUUUUUUAGAAUGUCGAGUUGACCUAGCCUCGAUCUACGGCGAAACCCAUCAAUGAAUGCAAGCGAGCGCGCUUAGUGGUAACAGCACGCGUGAUACACUCCUAUCGUGAUUGGUUCUGCGGGUCGCCACCAUGCUCCUUCGGCCAAGCUGCAGACGACCGUACCGAGUAGUCCCUUCAGAGUCCCUUUCAGUAUCCGGAGAAUCUUCAACUCAGAGAAGCAAUAAAGGUAGCAAUCGGAUUCCCGGUGGAUCCCUAGCAUCGAGCACGGUCGCCAUUCGCACAGCCAAUUCAUGUCUCCAGUAUCCCCUUUAUAAGCCUCGAUCCGCGAGAUCGCACCAUUCGAGUUGUAGUAGUCGACAAGGCAGUGUUUUUCCCCCGGUGACUCGCCUCCCUGAUCGAGGGCCACCGAACGCACAGAGAUGCAAGGGUUUGUUCCAGCCUGCGGUGACGAGCCUAGAGGCUCGACGGCCGUGUUUGGGUCAUGCCUGGCGUCGAUCGGGGGGAAUUGGUGGCCACGCGUCGACGUCUCAAUCCCUGGGCUCAAAGCACGGAGAAACGGCGUCUGACAGCCACGAGGGAACGACACUUAGAGAUAGCAGCAGCAGCAUCAGCGGCAGCAGCAUCAGCGACAGCAGCAGCGGCAGCGGCAUGAACAGCGAUCGGGCUACAGCUAGACUGAAGCUCGAGGGAUCGGCUCCUACUGAAGCACCAGGUGGGACUGUGCCUUGGGGGGUCAUUGCAAGGCGAGUGGCGAUCCUUGUCGUUUCCGCCGCCGUGUGCCUGACAGCCGUUCUAGCCUGCCGGCCAGUCCUAGCAGCAGAGUCAGCCUCGGCAUCGGCCUCGCCGAUCCUCCCAGCCUCGGCCGGAGCUCUGGUGUCGAACCUGGCGCAGCGGGCGCGGGUAUGGGGAGUGGGCGCGAAGCCGUCGUUCGUCCAGCUGCUGAAGGUGCUGAGGGAGCAGGGCGUGCUGCUGGCGGUGCUGCUGGGGCUGUCGGCGUUCUUCUCCAUGGCGGAAACCUCCAUCACCACGCUAUGGCCGUGGAAGGUGCGCGAGCUGGCAGAGCAGGAGAAGGAGGGCAGCGUGUUCCAGCUGCUGCGGAGGGACGUCACUCGCUUCCUCACCACCAUCCUCAUCGGCACCACGCUGGUGAACAUCUGGGCGACGGCCCUGGUCACAGACGCCGCUACAGCCCUCUUUGGGGAGGCAGGAGUCAGCGCCGCUACAGGCGUGAUGACGAUCCUCCUCCUCGUCUUCACUGAGAUCGCCCCCAAGUCCAUCGCAGUGCACAACGCCACCCAAGUCGUCCGUGUCGUGCUGCGCCCAGUGGCGUGGCUGUCAGUGGUGCUGUAUCCCGUGGGUCGCCUCUGCACCUAUGCCUCAACGGGCCUCUUCCGCCUGCUCGGGCUCAAGACCAGCGGGGAGCCGUUUGUGACGGAGGAGGAGCUAAAGCUCAUGCUGAGGGGGGCGGAGAUGAGCGGCGCUAUCGAGGAGGAGGAGCAGGACAUGAUCGAGAACGUGCUGGAGAUCAAGGACACGUAUGUGCGGGAGGUGAUGACUCCUCUGGUAGAUGUUGUUGCAGUCGACUCCACAGCCUCGCUCAUGGAGCUGCGCGCCCUGUGGGUGCGGCACCAGUACUCGCGCGUGCCCGUGUACGAGCGGCGCGUGGACAACAUAGUGGGCAUCGCGUAUGCCAUGGACAUGCUGGACUAUGUGGAGCAGCCGGAGCUGCUACAUCGCUUGAGUGUAGGCAGGAUUGCGCACCGGCCGGCAUACUUUGUCCCUGAUUCCAUGUCGGUGUGGAACCUUCUGAGAGAAUUCCGGAUCCGUAAAGUGCACAUGGCCAUCGUGCUCAAUGAAUACGGUGGCACCGUGGGGCUGGUGACGCUGGAGGAUGCGGUGGAGGAGAUAGUGGGGGAGAUAUUCGACGAGAACGACUCCAAGGAGGAGAUCCGCCGCAAGACAGGGUACAUCAUCCAGCGCGCGGAGGGCGUGUAUGACGUCGACGCCAACACCACUGUGGACGACCUCGCUGACAUUCUCCAAAUCGUGCUCCCUCCGCGCGCAUCCUUCUACGAGACGGUGUCUGGCUUUGUGUGCGAGGCGUUUGGGUACAUCCCCCGCACGGGCGACACCAAGAUCAUUCGGCUGCAGCGGAAGGAGAGCGAGGAGGAGGAGGAGGGCAAGGGUGCGGAGGAGGGGGGGGCAGGCGGGAAGGGCGGGAAGGGCCGGGAGAGGGACGGAGGAGACAAGGGGACGCGGAGGCAGCUGCUGCGAUUCCAGCUGGAGAUUUUGUCCGGUAAUGCAAGGAAGGUGGUGGCAGUUAGAUUCGAGGAGCUGAAAGAGACGGAAGGGGCCAGAGGGGGCGGCGUGAAGGGGAAGCUAGGGGCGGCGAAGGAGGAGGAGGAUAUAGAGAAGGAGACAGAGAGGAAGAGGGAGAAGGACAGGGAGAGAGCGUUGGUGGAGGAGUGGGAGAGUGAGAAGAGGAGGGAGGGGAGGAGGAAAGAGAGACUUAGUCAGGAGGUGCGGUCAAGAGCGUUGGUUGAGGUGGGGAAGGGGGAGGGAGAGGGGGAGAGCAAGUGUGACACAUGUGGUGAGAACGAGGUGCGCAAGGGAAGACUGGGGGGGAGGGGGGUGCUUCUGGAUAGUGAGAGUGAGGGGGAGGAUGGGGAGGUGCUGGUUGGGGGAGGGUGGCUGACGGCUGGGGAUGGGGAGGAUGGGGUGUACACUGAGGGUGUGUACACAGACAUAGACAUGGGGGAGAGGGAGAGUGAGAGGGAGAGGAAGAGUGAGAAAGGGAGUGAGUUGGUGCGUGCGUUUGAUGGUGAUGGGAGAGAGGGGUCUGUGGGAGAGGAGGAGGAGGAUUCAGAUGCAGAGGAGUCAGAAGGGGAAGGGGAAGGGACGAGGAAAGGGGAAUCGAGGGACGUCCUUGAGUUGCAAGGCACAGCGAAGUACCAGCAGCAGCACGAGCAGCAGCAGCACGAGCAGCAGCAGCACGAGCAGCAGCAGCACGAGCAGCAGCAGCACGAGCAGCAGCAGCACGAGCAGCAGCAGCACGAGCAGCAGCAGCACGAGCAGCAGCAGCACGAGCAGCAGCAGCACGAGCAGCAGCAGCACGAGCAGCAGCAGCACGAGCAGCAGCAGCACGAGCAGCAGCAGCACGAGCAGCAGCAGCACGAGCAGCAGCAGACAACAGCAGAAGAGGGCGAGGAGCCAGGGGCGCUUGUGAGAGAUACAGCAGGGGAUGGGAGUGGCAAGAGCACCAUGGGAAGCAUGGGGGGAGAUAGGGGCGCAGUGGUGGGGAGCAAGAAUGGCAGCAGCCUAGUGCGGGGGGAAGGAUGGAAGGAGGAGAGUGAAGAGUGGAGGGCGGAGGCUAACAAGUGGAGGGAGGAGGCGGUGGCAUGGCGGGAGGAAGAAGACUCGGACUACAGCUCAGGCUCGGACGGCCGCGUGGGGCUCGAGGGGGGAGUGGUUGGGCCGCGGGGCGUGGGGGCGGUGCAAGGUGUGGGGGGGACGCCGGGAGGAGGGGGGAGUGUGCGGGAGUUUGAGGGCGUGGCCAUGGCGCAGGAGCAGUAUGAGCGGUGGGAGGAGAAGGAGAAGCAGGUGGAGAGGAGGAGGCAGAGGAGGAGGAGGGAGAGGAGCGAGGCUCAGGCAGAGUUGAGGCGACAUGCGCUGGGCACAGGGGGUGGUGGAGGAGAUGCGGCCAGCCCCCUCUCCCUGCAUGCUGAACCGCUCAGACUCAGGCUCAGCCGACCAGAUGUGAUGUCAGAGAGCGAGAGGGAGUGAGGGGGAGUGAGGGGAGUGGGAAGGGAAAGGAGAGAGUGCCUGGCAAGUACUGGGAACAGGCAGCAGCAGCAGCAGCAGCCCUCUCUCCCUGCAUGAUGAACCGGCUCAGACUCUAGCUCAUCCAACCAGACGUGUGGUAAUGGGGAUUGAGAGGGGCUGAUGAAGAGCCAAGGAGUGUGGUAACCAUGUUGUAGCACAGUAUCAGCGGUGUUGAGCACGGGCCUUCCGAAUGCAGAAAGCUGUGUUUAAACAAAGAUACCAUAGUACAGAUACGAUAUUGUAGAAAAGGAAAUGGUGGUUGAACACCUUCCUAGAUAUAGUUGUAUUCCCAUAUUGAGGAAGGUGCGCAUAAGUACGUGAGCAUAA